AUGGCUACUGCCGAUUCUGCUGUGUUUGUCCUGUAUGAUCUCCCUGAACCGUAUAUUCAAAAGGUCGAAUGCAUCUGUGACAAUACCGUAAAAGGAAACAAUUUGGCACUAUGCAUGGUUAUACGUUAUAACACGUCUCAAGGCAAUGUCAGCACGUUGAUCCUAUCCAAAGUCCAAAUCCCCAUAAAUCAGUUGCUGUCACCGUCAGACCAACGUUACCCGUAG